GGGUUCUUCAAAAAAAUCAUCCGCGAUUCAACACUCGCAUCUCUUAUUGCAUAUUCAAGAUCAAAACACACAAUUUUCAUUACACAUCACGACUAUAAUUCCCACAGCAAAUUAUCAAUUUAAUAGGUAGGAAACCAAACAUUUAGAACCAUUUCCAGCAAGAAAACUGGGUUUGAAGAACGUGGAAAACCCGUCAGCGAACAUGAGUCGCAAACACGAGUGACCACCGACAACCACCGAAUGCGAGCGACGAGUUGCGAUUGGCAAGUGCAAGCAGCAAAAUUGGGCGGUGACUGAUAAAUGUGAGCGAUGAGGAAAAGAAAGUAGAUGGGCGAGUUAGAUCUGAAACUCUCAGCUAGACAAACCAAAAUCUCUCUCGAGACCUUGCCUUGAAUCUAACCAGUGCCUAUUUGCUUUGCUAGCGCAGGUUUAUGUAAACCAGGUUGAGAUUGAGAAUGAGAGAGGCAACAUGAAAGAGAGCUAGAAAGGGAAAGGGAGAGGGAUUAUCCAUUUUAAACAUAACCGAGAAGAAAUGCGAGAAUGGAAGGGACAAUAUUCGCUUGUCAUCUAAACACAGAUCUGUCGUUCAAACGAAGAUUUGAUCUAAUUACAUCGUCAUCGCUCUCAUCUAAACUCAGAUCUAUUAACAAUCGGGGGAAUUUUUUCGUAAGGCAUGGUGCCCAGCUCUUUCUGUCUGCCCAAAUUCAUCCAAAAAUCGGCUUAGAGAAACCAGAAGAAGAUCCUCUUCAUUUGCGUAAAGCAAUGCCUGUUCAUCUUGGAAUUCAAUGCUCGUCUUCUCUCCAAUUUUGACGAUUCUGUCUUGAAGAUUAAGAGAGAGAAAGUUUGAGGUGGAGGAAGAUGAGAGAGUGCACUGAAUUACAGAAAAAAAUGAGGAGGAAGCAUGUGAGAAAGACGAGGACAGUCCUGUAAUUUCAUUAAUAAGUUUUUUAUUUUAAU